AUACUUUCCCCUGUGGGAAUCCUACCUUCAUCAUGUUUGUUAAGUUUACUGUCUGAACUGUUUAAACAGACUUCCCACUAUGUUGUCAUCUUAACAGAUUUGAGAUGAUUUAUGCAGUUCAUUACAUUUUAUAGAUCAAUUGUUUAUACUACACGAUUUCAUGAACAUGAAUCAAUCCAAGAUGUCUUCAUUAUCUUUAGUUUUUAUUGGUACAUUUUUAUCAUGAUCAUGUCCUUGAAGAUGGAAAAUCCUUUCUUAUUCUAAGGAUAUUAGUCAGGAUGCCAAAAUCGAGAAGAAAUUGUUUCGGUCUUCCUUAUCACAGACGAAGACGAAGGGCAAGAAAUCAGCUUCAGCAGUUAAAGUCGUCGAGAAAGAAAGCGUUGACUUCUGCAAAACCUGAGGAGUUUACUGUUGAAGUAGCUGAUAGUGGUGUUGUCAUAGGAACAGGAACAAUACAUGAUUCUUAUUGGUCAGUAACUAUUCCUGAAGAUGGCAAUCACUUUGAUGGAGAUUCUAAUAAUAGCACUACACAAGACAUUUUUAAAAAUGAACAUACUAAUUUAGAGUUAGAAAUUGAUGUAGAUGAAAAUUUGGACAACGAACAUUGUAUACAGAUAAAUGAUGAAGAAGAAAAUAGUUUUGAAAAAAUAAAUAAAGAAGGAAUUGGUUCCAAAGAACAUAGUAUUAUAAUAGAUGAAGAAGAAAAUAGUUUUGAAACUGUUCAGUAUGUUGGAAUUGGCAAUGAAAUGGUUUCAUCUGAGAGCAAUGAACUAUCCAGAGUUAUUUCCCCUUCAGCAUCAUAUAAUGAUAACAAUUACACCACUGUUCAAACUGUUGGAUUAUGUGAAACAGUUCAAUAUGAUGAAAUUGGCUCCGAGAUGGUGUCAUCAUCUAGCAAUGAAUUAUCUAGAGUUGUUUCCCCUUUAUCAUCAUAUAUUGACGACAGUUGCAACACUGUUCAAACUGAUGGAAUAAUAAGAAUAACUGGAAACGAGGAAAAUAGUUCUGAAACAGUUCAAUAUAUUGAAAUCGGCUCUGAGAGGGAGUUAUCUAAGAAUAAUGAAUUAUACAGAGUUGUUUCCCCUAUUACAUCGUAUAUUGAUAACAGUCACAACACUUUUCAAACUGAUGGUGUAAGAAUAACUAGAAAGGAGCAAAAUAGUUUUGAAACUGGUCAAUAUGUUGAAAUCAGCUCUGAGAUGAUGUCAUCAGGGAAUAAUGAAUUGCACAAUGUUGAUUCCCUUUUUCCAUCAUAUAACAGCUAUAGUGCUGUUUUAUAUAACAAUAAUAGUUACAACACUGUCCAAACUGACAUAGGUCAACAGAAUUGCAAUGAUGUAUCAGAGAGGAAUGAGUUAGGGGGAGUUAUCGCCCCUGUUACAUUAUUUAACAAUAACAGUUACAACACUGUUCAAACUGAUGCAGGUCAUCAGGAUUACCGUGAUGGAUCAGACACUGAUAGCACUGUAUCAAAAGAUUUUGUUACUGUCAAAGUUGAAUUACCUGAUGGAACUACCGAAUUGUUAGAAACUAUUCCAGUCGAAAAGUACCCAACAGUUCAGUCUGAACAUGCUGAGAUAGACUUGUAUGGUUCAUAUACUGACAAUGUAAACAAUCACAAUAAUAAGAUUAUGUCCGAGUCAGAAUUGUUCAGAAUAACACACAAUGUGAAUGCUAUUCCUGAUCAGUCAAUGGCAGGAACAUCAAUUCAAUCUUAUAUUCCUGCAAAUGAUCAUGUUCAGUUUGAGGAAGGUGAUGAAAACUGUAAGGAGUGGGAUAUUGGAAUGCUUCCAUUUGUUAUGGAGACGAUGAAGGAACAAGAAAAUACACAAAGUUUACUUGACAAAAAUAUACAAAAGGCCAAAAAAAAGAAAGUCCAUGAAGCGAAAUGGAAAGCUGGUAUAUGUAGUUCUAAUAAGUGCUGCCCAGGAUGUGAUACUUAUAAUACAAAUUAUGUACGGAAGCCACCGAAAACCAAAAAGACAAAAACUACUAAAACUGAUUCAGCUUUAGGUGAGGAGAAAAGUCGGAGUCCAAGCGGUUAUAGACGCAAAUUUCCUAUGGAAAGAUGUGAUUUUUGUCCUAUGGUAUUUAGAGGCGCUUGGCCAAAAUAUAAAAAGCAAAAUCAUAUCAUCGCUGAACAUUGUUCGAAAGAUGUCCAGGAAGAGCUCCGGAAAAGGAAAAAGAAAAAUGAAUUCGUAUCUGAACCUAAACCUAAAUUUGUGACGUACUCGAAGCUAAAGCAUGAAACGAUUAGACUAAAUUUAGAGUUUCCAGAUAACCUCUAUGGGAUGGAAUGCAUAGAAUGUAAUAAAGUUAUAAGAGAGGAUCAUUUCAGAAAAUUUUUAAAAUGUACAAAAUGCAACUAUUACUCGAUGUGUUCACGGGCUUAUAUAGAACACAUGAUUAAUAUGCAUGGAACAAAAAACAGAAUUACAAAUAAAUAUGUUCCAUGUUCUUCAAGAUUUAUGGAGUGUGCAUGUGGCUUUGUUCAUAUUGAAGGCAAUAAAAUGGCCGAACAUUUACUUGUAUGUGAAUACAACCAGUUGAGUUGUAAGAUAGUUAAUUCGAAAGAAAUCAGCAGCCGACAUGAAGAUGGUCUUGUUACUGGUGCACGUAACAUUGAGAAAUCGAACACUGAAACCUCUUCUUGGAAAAAGAAAUCAGCAGGAUUCAUGGAUGGUGUUACACUUCAUGAAAUAUCAAAAGGAAAGUUUUACGGGAGCUUCUCAUCAAAACCACUUAAAAAAUUUAGAAGACAUAAAUGCAGCAUUUGUUAUGCAGCCCUCAAAAUACGUAUGGAUGAACAACAACGUUUACAAAAAGCAGUAUUAGAGGUUAAUGAAUACCACAAUUAUAGUAAACCAGCAUGGUCUUCACCUGACACUAACUCUGAAGGAGCACCAGGAUGUUCUCCAUCUAGCAUUAAUGCAAACGGAGCGCCAGUAUGUUCUUCACUUUGCACUUACGCAAACGGAGGACCAUCAUGUUCUCCAUCUAGCAUUAACGCAAACGGAGCGCCAGUAUGUUCUUCACUUUGCACAGACACAAACGGAGGACCAUCAUGUUCAGCACCUCACUUUUACACAAACGGAGCACUAUCUUGUUCUUUGCCUUGCACUCACGCAAACAGUGGACCAUCAUGUUCUGCACCUUGCACAAACGCGAAUGGACCACCAUCAGGUUCUUUGCCUCACACUAAUGACAACGGAGCACCAUCAGGUUCUUUGCCUCGCAGUAACGCAAACAGAGCACCAUCAUGUUCUUCGCCUCGCACUAAUGUAAAGGGAGCACCAUCAUGUUCUUUGCCUUGCACUAAUGUAAACGGAUUACCAUCAUGUUCUUUGCCUCACACGUACGGAAACAGAGCACCAGCAUGUUCUUUUCCUCUCAUUUACGGGAACGAAGCAGCAGCAUUUUCUUGUCCUCAUACUUACGGAAAUGAACCCCUAGCAUAUUCUAAUCCUCUCACUAACAAAAACAGAGCACCAUUGAACGGAGCACCGUCACUUGUUAAAAGUGAAUUGGAUAAUGUACCCUCUACAUCUGAUGAUCAACAUAUCUGUGAUGAGUCACAUGAUUUACAAGUUGAAAAUGAUCAGGAACCGAAUUACCCUAGACUUAAUUCGUCUAAAUCGUUCAGCCAAGAUUGGGUCAGCAAUAAACUAUUUAAACAAUUGAAAUUAAAAGAUACCGAAUUGAAUGAGCAAAACAAGAACAAAGAAAAAGAAAAGAAAUGCAAACCAAAGAGAAAAAGAGGCAAGGGAGAGGCAAAUAAAGCUAAUCCAAAGAGAACAUGUAAAAAUGAAAAGUUGGAUUGGAAACCAAUGGCAAAGACAAUACAUAAUAUAAAAAACCGUUCAGAUAGAGAAGUUCUGGCAAAGCUCUACCAUAAAUUGAUAUGUUGUGUUAAUGGAAAUUCUUCCGUUAAUAAGCAGAAUAAAAAAAUUCCACACAAACAUAUUUUGAAAAUGUCAACGGACUCCAUAAAAUGUCUUACAACAGAAUCUUGGAAACUUGAACUAGAAAGAAAAUGGUUACAAAAAGAGAAUUCGCUGCUUGUUGAAAAGUUACAAACAUUGCAAAAAAAAUAAUGUAAAUUGACUGAUACUAUAACUGUUGUUUAUUUAAGUAAAUUGGAUAUUUUUUACUAAUCUUUACAGGAUCGUGUCUUUAGAUUACAUCUUUUGUAUUUCCAUAACAUUCAGAGAGAUGUAAUAUGAUUGCCAAUGAGAUGACUAUCAAGAUCUAUCAAGUAGAGACAAAGGGACAUAGGUUAAGCAUUCAAUAAAACUUGUCAUUUUAAUAGAGACAAUCAGCUUAAAGAAAAUAUUUGAAGCUACAUGGUGAAUACAAUUAAGUAUGUAGAAUACUGGUGAAUAACAUGACCAGUACCAAUUAAGGAUGUAUACACCUCUGAGGGGCCAAAAAUUUCUAGAAUUAAACUUUUUUUCUUAAUCUGAUUUUUGGGUUUAUAAGACGGUGACAAAAUAAUUGGGGAAGAAAAAAAUCAUAUGGUGGUGCACUUCUUUUUUUGCUACCACCCUUUAAAAAAUGCCCAAUUUUGAUGAUUUUCCCAUUUUUCAUCGAAUUUACCUAUUUUUGGGCUAUUGUCGUGAAAACAAAUCACAGUUUCACAAUUAAACUUUUUUUAUACUUUCUAUAAAGAUGUAUUGGACCAAUCUGAAUAAAUUUUACUUAUAAAAACUAUAGGUAGGUGUUAAUCAUGUUAAUAUAAGAAAGUUUUUUCAUAUUUUGACGCUAUUUUGUGUAAAAUUAACCAUGCUGUCAAGUUUGUAUUUUUGUGACUAGUUUUGAGAAAAAAAAUGCAUAUUAUUUUAACUUUUUUGUUACAGAUGAUUGAAAAAAUACAUAUCUAAGAAAUUUGAAAAGACCAAAAUAAUAUGGGAUGUACAUGAUUCUUGUAAAAUCAUUUUUUGUGUCCCUUACCCAUUUUCUCAAAAUUUUGGCUUAAAAUACUGACUUGAUUGGAUGUAAAAUUUGAAACUGAAUUACUCAAAUACCAUUCCUUGUAAAUACACAAUUUUUUCACAGAGUUAUGUUUGAUAAAGGUAUUUUAAAAAUUCAUUAAUAUUUUCCACUUAUAUCACAUGAUUUGCAAAUAAUUCAAGAACGAGAUUCCAAGGAGACGGAACGAGACUGGAAAACCAGAAUAAUACAUCCUUAAGAUGCACUAGAUUAUAAUCCAAACAAUUAUGUACCUUCGAUGAUGCUCAAUGCAAACCAAAAAUCAAAAUCAAAAACUUCACUCAAACGUUAAAGACAUUCUAGCAAUGCUUGCAUAUAUAUACAUAUCACCCAGUUAAUCCAACAUUCAAGAUCUUGCAUUACCUAUAAUGUUUGAUUAGAUGUUACUCACCUAACAGCUAUUAAACCAACAGUACCAAAUUGUUGUACUUUAUUUGCUUUUUUAACAUUUUUUUAUUCGAGAGACACGAAUGAGUCUUUUGUAGACCAAACGCGUGUCUGGUGUAAAUAGAAAUUUCAAUCCUGGUAUAUCAAUUAGCUUAUUUGUAUCCGUUUGUCAUAUGUACACAUUGUGUUCUGUUUUCGGAUCCUCAAUGCUCUUCAACUUUGUACUUGGUUUGGAUUUUUAACUUAAUUUAUCUGAACGUCACUGAUUAGUCUUGUUUGUUUUAGUUGUAUUUUCUUUGUUGUCGGUAUAUUUUUUUUGUAAGAAAACUGCGACACUUGGAAUAUUGAGGGUUAACAGCAAUCGUGUUUUCUUUGUGGCGUCACUCUGACUCAGACAUGUUCUACUGUGAUGGCACAAUUAUUUGGGAACCUUUGUCAUGUUUGUGAUGUCAAGCAAUCGCAUACACAUAUUAAUAAUGUGUUGUAUUUGGAUAUUACUUGGUAUCUAUAGUUUCAUUGCUUGAUGAGCAGAUGACAUCAAUAGAUACAAACAAAAAAAGAAUCAGUAUAUAUUUAAUUUGGGCAGAUUUCUAAAUGUUCGUAUAAUUUAAUAUCUGGUGCAGAAAAUUUGGUACAGUAAGUUUUGUUAAGUAAUGCCGUUCAAUUGGUUUUACAAACUGUUUGUACUUGAUUGUAUAGAAUUAAAUUACAUUUAUUUUACCGAAUAUACAAAAUCGUUAACAAUAAACUUUUCAUUGUUAACGAUUGAAGAUACAACAUGUUUUUUAUAUUUUAUAAUUAUUCGAAUGAGUCACUGUUUAAUGAUAUGUUAUUCGCUGAACCUUUUUUACAAGUAAUGAAUAAAUGAAAGUGUAUUACCAGUGUUGAACCUGUUCAUGUUGUAGAUAUUGCAAAUUAUUGUAAAGAAUCGUUUAUGUAGUAUCAUUGUACAUGUUUGAUUAUAUUGAGGUCAUUUGUAAAUAAAAUGUCGAAACAGUAAA